ACCUGGGUGCAGCUCUCUGUGUUUAGGGCAAAACAGGAGAGCUUGGAGAGAAAGCACAGUCACAGCAUACAGGACUCAGCGAAAGAGAGAGGGGGUUAAGGAACAGACUGCUCCGGAUACACAGACAGACAUUAAAAGGGUUGCCAUGCUUCACACAGAGAGAAUCACGAUGCUUCUGAGUGGCACCAGCCAGCUCUCCAGCUCCCAGUCCCGGGUCUGUCUCUCCACUGCCACCCUCCUGCGGCUCCUCACUCUGGUGCUGGGGGGCGAGACCGCCUGGAGAGACGAGGAGAGAGGCUUCCUCUGCAAUACCAGCGUGGUAGGCUGCCAAGCAGCCUGCUUCGACCAGCAUAGCCCCAUUGCUCCCUUCAACCUGUACUGCCUGCAGCUCAUCUUCCUGUUCACUCUCUCGCUGGCCGGUGCACGGCUCCACCAACCGGGUCCGCAAUAUCUCCAGGCCAGGCCCCACAUGCAUUUCCUCAGUCUCCUGGGCAAGGCUAUCAUCGAGGGCCUCUUCCUGCUCAUUGCCUAUCAGCUCUACAGCACCAGGCCCUCCGAGACAACCUGCAGCACCUCCCCCUGCCAGGGAUUAGUAACGUGCAAGGUGUUUGGCGCCACGGUGAGAGACGCCCUCUCUCUCCUGGUCUGUAGCUGUUCAGCAGUCAGUCUGCUGGUUUGUGUGUUCGAGGCUUAUCGGUCACUGACCUACUUUUCAGAGAAGCUUGUGGGGAAAGGAGCUACCAUCCCUUAGACUGAGAUCAACACGUUACUACUUCUGUUUUACACUUGGACUAGAUGGUGAGCUGCCCUAAAUAAAUGUUGCCUGGGGAAGCAGCGACAAUAAAUACACUCCCGACCUUGGAUUUAUUUAUUUGAACCAUUCCAAACUCCUUAAUUGAGGAGCAGUUAUUCUUCAACCUGUACCAACAAUACUAAACUAAGGGGAUAGCCACGAUAUUGUACUAAACAACCUGCAUGCAGGUGCCAAGUGCAAAACAUAUUUACAACUAGAUUUAAAAAUAAAUAAGAGGUUUAGGUUCAACUUAAACUCUCGAGGUAGUGAAUUUUGUAGUGGAGGUACAUAUUGGGGAAAACAAACAUGCUUUCAUUGGUCUAAACA